AUGGCACAUCCCAGAGACGACGAUCGUGUUGACGUGGUAAUCGUCGGAAGCGGAUCAGCUGGCUGUGCUACUGCUCUCUGGCUCGCCAUCUAUAACGACAGGUUCUGCAAAUCGGCUCAGAAUGGCACCACCAAAGGACAUACAACUUUAUCCACGACAGAAAUCAGCAGGACGCCUAUCACAUAUCGUAUCCUUGAACCACGACAAGGUCGGUUGGAACUUGGUCAAGCUGAUGGUGUACAAUGCCGAACAGUGGAAAUCUAUGAGUCUUUCGGAUUAGGUCACCUACUAAGACACGAGGGCUAUUGGGUGAACGAAGUUGUCUUCUGGGCCUCUGACGAUAAGGCAGCAGUAAAUGGAUCAGGUCACAGAGGAAUUGUUAGAACUGGUCGCACAGCAGACGUGGCGCCUGGUCUGAGCCACGAGCCUCAUAUCAUCUUGAAUCAAGCACGUAUCAACGGCUUGAUGUUGGACAGGAUACAAGAACUUAAAGGUCGUGAUGUCGAUUACAAUUGGAAGGUUAUUGGAAUUGAGGCCGAGGAAGACACAGAUGCUGACUAUCCUGUCAAAGUGUUGGCUGAACACCAGGGACAGCAGAAGGUCGUACGAGCAAAGUACGUUCUUGGAGCCGAUGGUGCACAUUCGACGGUGAGACGUUCACUGGGUAUUCCGAUGGAGGGCGACAGUACUGAUGCGGUCUGGGGCGUGAUGGACAUCUUCCCACGCACUACUUUUCCAGAUGUGCGCAAGAAAUCUACGAUCAGAUCCGACGCAGGAACCCUAAUGAUCAUACCUCGAGAAGGUGACAGCAUGAUUCGGCUCUACAUUGAGAUGCCAGCAGGCACUAGCCCGAAAGCCGUUACACUCGAACAACUACAGAACAAAGCGAGGGAGAUGUUCCGACCGUACGAUAUCGAGUUCCUUGCCACUGCAUGGUGGUCUGCAUAUUCUAUUGGACAAAGGGUUGCAAGAUCAAUGGUAGACCCGAGCGGGCGUAUCUUUCUCUCAGGUGACGCCUCUCAUACUCACUCACCUAAAGCAGGCCAAGGCAUGAACGCCAGUUUGCAGGAUGGUUACAACCUUGGCUGGAAGUUGGGCGCAUUGCUGACAGGACAAGCUGAUGGAAAGAUAUUGCAGAGCUACAUACAAGAACGCCACAAAUAUGCGAAACAGCUGAUCGACUUUGACAGAUACUUUGCCAAAUUGUUCUCAUCAAAGCCCCGACCUGAUGGAACGAGGCCUCCAGCCGAAGAGUUCAAUCAAGCUUUCAUAAAAAGUGGUGUGUUUACUGCUGGCAUGGCUGCGAACUACGGGGGUUCUGACCUGGUCGAUGUCAGUAUCUCAAACCAAGAGCUGGCCAAGAACAUCGUCGUUGGCGAGCGAUUGCCCAGUGCCCAGGUGGUCAGAUUGAGCGACUCGAAAACUUUCCAUUUUCAAUCUCUUGCCAAAUCUGACGGCCGAUGGCGCUUGAUGAUGUUCGCAGGCAACGUGGAUGAUACAGAGACAUUCUCCAAACUUUCUCGACUUGGUGAAAUCCUGGCGACGUCUAAAGGUCCAAGCAGAGCUAUUACACCACAUGACUUGCCGAUCGAUUCAAUCCUAGAAUAUCUCGUCGUACUCGAAGGUGAUAGAAGCAAGGUCGAGUUCGACCAAAUCCACUCUACCUUCAAACCCACUAUGCAGCACCUUCCAAUACAGAACCUCCACAAGAUAUUCUGCGACGACGAGAGCUGGAACUGGGGUCAUGGACAUGCCUAUCAGACGUUUGGGAUCGAUCCAAAGUUGGGCUGCAUGGUACUCGUGCGACCUGAUCAAUAUGUCUCAGCAGUGCUAAGUUUGCAUGAAGAUGAGGUGCCGAAGAUCUCGGCUUUCUUCACAAGCUUCAUGCGUCCAGCAACGACAUAA